GUGACAUCAACAACUGAUGAACCCACUACAACCAUCACUGAGUCAACAAAAACAACUGGUGAACCCACAACAACAGUCACUGUUGUGUCAACAACUGUUACUGGGGCAUCGACAACAACUGGUGAAACAACUACAACCGUGAAUGAUGCAUCGACAACAACUGGUGAACCCACUACAUCCAUCACGGUUUCAUCAACAACAACUGAAGAACCCACUACAAGCAUCACUGAGUCAACAAAAACAACUGUUCAACCCACAUCAACAGUCAAAGCUUUGUCCACAACAACUGAUGAACCCACUACAACCAUCACUGAGUCAACAAAAACAACUGGUGAACCCACUUCAACAGUCACUGCUGUGUCAACAACAACUGGUGAAACCACUACAACUGUUACUGGGGCAUCAACAAUAACUGGUGAACCCACCACGACAAUCACUGAGUCAACAAAAACAACUGGUGAACUCACAACAACAGUCACUGGUGAAUCAACAACAACUGAUGAACCCACUACAACCAUCACCGGAGAAUCAACAACAACUGUUGAUCUUACUUCAUCCAUCAUUGGUGUGUCAACAACAAGUUAUGCAUCAACAACUACUGUUACUGCAGCAACAACUAAAACUGUCACGGAUGUGUUGACAUCAACUGGUGAACCCACUAUGACCGUAACUGGUGUGUGGUCAACAACUGGCGAACCCACUUCGACCGUCACUAAGUCAACAAAAACAACUGUUCAACCCACAACAACAGUCACUUCUGUGUCGACAACAACUGGUGAACCCACUACGACCAUCACUGAGUCUACAAAUACAACUGGUGAACAAACUAGACCAGUCACUGGUGUGUCAACAACAACUAGUGUUUCCACUGCAACCAUCACUGAGUCAACUAAAACAACUGGUGAACCCACUACAUCCGUCACGGUUUCAUCAACCACAACUGAUGAACCCACUACACCCAUCACUGAGUCAACAAAAACAACUGAUGAACAAACUAGAGCAGUCACUGGUUCAUCUACAACAACUGGUGAAUCCACUACAACCCUCACUGGUGUGUCAACAACAAUCAUUACGGCUGUACCCUUUACGACGACCGUAACUGGUGCAUUGACAACAACGAUUACAGCUGCACCCACUACAACUGUAAGUGUUGCAUUGACAAAAACUGAAGAACUCACUUCAACCGUCCCUGGUGUGUCGACAACAACUUUUGAACCCUCUUCAGUCAUCACUGGUGUGUCGACAACAACUUUUGAACCCACUUCAGUCAUCACUGGUGUGUCGACAACAACUUUUGAACCCACUUCAGUCAUCACUGGUGUGUCGACAACAACUUUUGAACCCACUUCAGUCAUCACUGGUGUGUCGACAACAACUUUUGAACCCACUUCAGUCAUCACUGGUGUGUCGACAACAACUUUUGAACCCACUUCAGUCAUCACUGGUGUGUCGACAACAACUUUUGAACCCACUUCAGUCAUCACUGGUGUGUCGACAACAACUUUUGAACCCACUUCAGUCAUCACUGGUGUGUCGACAACGACUGUUACAGCUUUACCCACUACAACCGUCACUAGUGCAUCAAAUGCCACCACAACUACAACGGCUACUCCUGCCAUCGUCACAGCCACCACAACUGCAACUACCGCUGUUGCAAACACUAGGGUUCCUGUGGUGUUCAGGUCCAGCGGAGAGACAUUUACCUCUGACCUAUCAAACACAUCUUCUCAGGCCUUUCAAACCAGAGCAUUGCUGAUUAAAACUCAGCUUGAACCUUUCUAUCGAUCGGCUUUCACCUCUUUCAACAGUUUGGAUGUGACAGAAUUCAGCUCUGGAUCCAUCAUCAAUACUGUAAAUGUAGCAUUCAGCUCCCCCUCGGUGCCUAAUAUCACAGAGAUUGGCACUGUUUUGAUAAAUGCUGCUCAAAACAUCACAGCUUUCAAUAUUGACCCCAACUCAGUGACGGUCAACAGCACAGCUGCUCCUGCUACAAGUAUUGUUCCUCCUACAACUUCUGUUACUACCACUGUGGCUGGUACUACCACCGCAACAACUGGAGAACCUGUCCCUGUUCCUGCUACCGUUCCUACAACGAGACCCACAACUACAACCACCACAUAUGUGGCCCCCACAACUACAGUGUCAAGGACAGCAUCACAACUGUCAACAACUACCAGCACAGCUCCAACUACCACAACAACCAAUGCACCAACUACCACAACAACACAUACUACUACUACAACAACAACAACUACUGCACAUCUUCAACCUGCUCCACUGGUGUCUUUCGUCAUACAACAAGUGUUUGUAGAAGCUUUAAAUGACCCUCAAAGUACACAAUUCCAAGAACUUGCAAUAACUAUUACUGCAGUGUUCGAUGUGAUCUACAAAGCAAAAUAUGGGAUCCUUUUCAUCCGGACGAUUGUUCUUGGAUUCACACCUAUUUUCCAUUCCCGUAUGGAUGCAGAAACACAGGCGGAGGUCCAACUGGUGUUCAACGAGACCUCCACUCAAUCUGUCCCUGAGCUUACUGACAUUAGGGAUACACUGAAAGAAGCUGUGACCAAUCCAAACGAUUUCUUUGGCAACCUCUCAGUGGAUGUUACCACCAUCAUUGUUAAAGCUGCUCCUACAACAAGUUCUGUUCCUCCUACAUCUUCUGUUACAACCACUGUGGCUGGUACUACCACCGCAACAACUGGAGAACCUGUCCCUGUUCCUGCUACCGUUCCUACAACUAGGCCCACAACUACAACCACCACAUAUGUGGCCCCCACAACUACAGUGUCAAGGACAGCAUCACCACUGUCAACAACUACCAGCACAGCUCCAACUACCACAACAACCAAUGCACCAACUACCACAACAACACAUACUACUACAACAACAACAACAACAACAACAACAACUACAACUGCACAUCUUCAACCUGCUCCACUGAUGUCUUUCGUCAUACAACAAGUGUUUGUAGAAGCUUUAAAUGACCCUCAAAGUACACAAUUCCAAGGACUUGCAAUAACUAUUACUGCAGUGUUCGAUGUGAUCUACAAAGCAAAAUACGGGAUCCUUUUCAUCCGGACGAUUGUUCUUGGAUUCACACCUAUUUUCCAUUCCCGUAUGGAUGCAGAAACACAGGCAGAGGUCCAACUAGUGUUCAAUGAGACCUCCACUCAAUCUGUCCCUGAGGUUACUGACAUUAGCAAUACACUGAAAGAAGCAGUUGCCAAUCCAAACAUUACCUUUGGCAACCUCUCUGUGGAUGUUACCACCAUCAUUGUUCAAGUGCCCACCACAAAUAACAACACAACUACAACGACUACUCCUGUCAUCACUACUGCUAUCAUCACAACUACAACCACUGAAACUACCGUUGUGCCACUCACUAAGGUGACUGUGGUGUUCCGGUCCAGCGGAGAGACAUUUACCUCUGACCUAUCAAACACAUCUUCUCAGGCCUUUCAAACCCGAGCAUUACUGAUUAAAACUCAGCUUGAUCCUUUCUAUCGAUCAGCUUUCACCUCUUUCAACAGUUUGACUGUGACAGAAUUCAGCUCUGGAUCCAUCAUCAAUACUAUGAAUUUAGCAUUCAGAUCCUCCUCUGUCCCAAAUUCCAUGGAGAUUGGCACUGUUUUAAUAAAUGCCGCUCAAAAAAUCCCAGCUUUCAACAUUGACCCCACCUCAGUGAGAGUCAACGACACAGCCGUGACCUCAAGUGGAAUAAGCAGCAAGACCAGUCUCUGCACAGCAUUCUUUCUGGUGGUUCUGUCGCUGCUACUGUCAAGCCAGCAUUAGUCUCAGUGGCAACGCCCACUAAAAACACUAUUUCACUCACUGGCAAGCAGCAGAACGAAAUAGUGUGUGUAGUCAUAUUUUAACUUUGAGAACUUCCCACACAUUCCAACCCCUAGCCCAAUUCCACCCAUGAUUUGAAUAGUGUCCAAAAAUGAAAUCAAGUCUUGUAAAGCUGACAUAAGAUACACUAUUUGUGGCAGUUGAACACAAUGAUGUAAUAUAAUUACUGCCUAUUCAAUCAAAAUGUGUAAGUGUAUGGGUUUCCGUCAUAAGUCGAUGUUAUUUCCAUGCAAUGAAAAAUAAUGUUUGAUUUAAUAUGUACUUAAGGCUAUUUUUGAUUCGUUCAGUUGCUGAUAUGAACUAAAAACAUUUAAUCACUCUGUUGCUGAUAUGAACUAAAACGUUGAUUCACUCUGUUUGCUGAUAUGAACUAACGAGAUAAAUAUUUUAUUUUUUAUUUCGACUUAACCAGUGAAACCUGGAUAACUGAUUUAAAUAAGGCCCUUUGGAGCAAAAUGUUCUACAAUUUAAACUGUUGUCAAUGUAGUUUUCAUUCUGUUAUACCAUAAACAUGUAAUUAUUUCUUCAAUGGUCCUCAUCAGAGUUGUGGACGUGAGUCACAUUACUUGGACUCGAGUCAGACUCAAGUCACAAGUCGACUUUGACUUUAACACCAAUGACUCGUGACUUGACUUGGACUUGAGCCUUAUGACUUGACCUGACUUGAUACCCUCCCCAAGCCCAAACAUUAAAACAUUAUGCUGUUAAAAAAAAAGUGUGCAGGCAUCUACUCUUCAUUUAACGGAUUACAGUUUGAAAUCGGACAGCAGCUAAUCAAAAACGUCGGCGGGUGAAUUCAGAUGGAGCCCUUGGAACGAUGAUACCUGAAAUUAUUAUUUUCGCAUAUAAAGAUGACGCUGUAUCAACAAA